AUGGCGGACUGUCGGCUCACCGCUGUCCUCGUUUGCCUCUUCGUGUUAACAGUCACGGGGGAUGUGUCACAUUUGACCGCCUCGAAUGGCGGAGUGGCAUUGAUGGGCCGAAUGGCCCAAUUCUGCUCCUAUCACUUGUGGACAUUUCCACGCUCUCAUGCGCGUUUCUCAUCCUCAGGCGGGUCGCAGGGAUUUACCAUCGUGCUGGAAAAGAGCGACUUAAAUGUCCCCAUCGGGGGAGACGCGGAGUUCACGGUGCGGCCGUCAAGUGCUAUCGAAGAUGGAACGUGGAAUUUCAAAUCGAAAAGGAUCGUCUUGUGGAUUGGAACAAAUCCGUCGAUCCAUGCUGAGUACAGGUCACGGGUGGAUAUAAACUUCACCACCGGGUCGCUGGUGCUGAGGUCGGUGAACGAGUCGGACAACGGGGAUUACACAGUGAAACUCACUGCAGUUGCCACCGGUACUCUAGCCACAGCGACCAUCACACUGCAGGCACUCGAGCCUGUUUCCACACCCAAUAUCACCUCCAAUGCCAACAGCUUCAUAGAGCACAAUGCCACCAUAAUCUUGACCUGUGUCGCGACCGGGACUGACGUCUCUUACACGUGGAGUGAAUACAAUAGCGUGAUAUCUAACGGCGGCAGGUUGGAACUGAGCGCCACUAACGACACACUCAUCGUUACCGGAGUAUUGCGGUCGGACGGGCCGUUCACCUCCCGGGCCUCCAACCCGGUUAGCGCGAAGACAAUUCGUGACCCCGACACCCCUGCUUACACUCCUGGGACCGACGUCACUUUAACCUGUUCUGCACAGUCUAAUCCAGUUGCCAUGUUGAGCUGGUACCGUCAAGAACCGGUGGCCAAUGUCAAUCUGCGAUCCAACAAUCCCGAGCCGGUGGAACAGCGAUACUCCGUCGUGUUGACCUGCAGCUCCCAGGGAACUCAACUGAAGCGGGAAUGGUUAUUCAACAAUCAACCCUUCCAGCAGAAUGACAGGGUGAAUAUAUCCGGAAACACUCUGCUCAUUGCCCCAGUAAACAGGGCCGACACAGGGAUGUAUAAAUGUAUCGUAAGCAAUGGACUGAACAGCGGCAACGCGGAGACCUACCUGGAGGUUUACUGUGAGUACAGAGGCAUUCCACGUCUUUAG